GUCGGAGUCCCGUAAAGAGCACCCAAACGCGAGUCUGUGUCAAGAUAGCGCUUAUCAGGGAGCUUCACGGCGGCUUUGCGUUUAACAAUGUCUCUCAUGAUACAUGAAUUCACUGUUGAGAUGACCUGUGAAGGUUGCUCAGGUGCAGCGAAGAGGGUCCUGGGAAAACUUGGGGAUAAAGUCUCCAAUGUUGACAUUAGCCUCGAAACCAAAAAGGUUAUUGUGACCAGCACACUCUCCUCAGAUGAGCUUCUUGAGACCUUAAAAAAGACUGGAAAAGAUGUCACAUACCUUGGAGGGAAAGCUGCCUAACUUGCAACAUGUGACCGAUUUUCAGUUUCUAGCUGUGGCAGCUGGUGGUGAUUAGAACAUUAUAUAUACUAUAUAAUGAAUAUGUUAUUUUGUGGUAUGUUUCCAAAGAACUAUUGGGGCAUUGUACAAGGGUUUUGAGUUUUGAAAAUCUUAGAUUAGAUAGAUAUUGAGAUCAAAUUUUGCUAAACAUUAUGUUCAAAGUUUUUAAGACCAAAGGAUGUUGAACUUACUGUUUGCCACUCAACAUUUUUAGCUUUUUGUUUGUGUGGGUUAGUCUUGAAUUUAGGGCAGCAAUUUUUGACAGCUAAUGGCAUUUAAGAUAAUAAAGUAAAGAUGAAAGGUGUGAAAUUAACUAUUCAGAGUUUCUUUUAAAAAAUCAAGCAUAUAUAUUGUGAUCCAUAUCACUGUUUAACUGAAAGGUUGUAAUAUGUUUAAAUACUUUAAGAAACUCAUGGGCUUUCAGGGUAAGUGUAAUUCUGUUUGGUGGUACACUGUUAUCUUUCUUAAGAAUCACAGUUUAUCAGUGUCUUAUAUAUCUGCCAUGACAAUAGUUAGUAUAAAGAUGAGUGAAGGGAAAGAUCUGUCUCUUUGUAAGAGAUGAAAGAUAAGAAACUUGCAUGCAUAUAUAUACACAUAUAAGGAUAAUAUAUAACAAAAAACAUAAAUGCUUAUAGGCUUCCCAUUCAUAAUUCCAGCUGCCUUAAAUUUGUAUUUUUUCAAGGAAGUACUUUCUAAGGAUUCCAGACAUUUAUAGUUUAGUGGCUUGGAGCCAUCUGUCAUGUGAUUCACCAUUGGUUAUUUAUGUUGAACCUUUAAAAAAAAUGUGUUUUGUGUAAGUUUUUUUUUUCUUUUGUAGGGUGAGAACAAAAUAAAGUGACAAGAGUAUAA